AAAAGUCUGAACAUAUUUGGUGACAGGCCUUCGUUGUUGACUGCUCUUCAACUUCCUACGACCUCUCUUUCAAUUCAAGCGAUUCCUCUGCCGUUCUUCCACACCCUUCUCAACCCAAAGCCCCGACCUAAAAUACCCCACCAUGGGCGAAUCGAGACAAGAGCUGCUGGCAUGGCUUAACAACCUGCUGCAGUUGAACAUGACCAAGAUUGAGCAGUGCGGUACCGGUGCCGCAUUGUGUCAGAUCUUUGACUCGAUAUUCAUGGAUGUCCCCAUGUCUCGUGUAAAGUUCAACGUCAACAGCGAAUAUGCCUACCUUCAGAACUUCAAGGUGCUUCAGAACAUCUUCGCAAAGCACCAAGUCGACAAGCCCAUUCCGGUAGAGCAGCUCACCAAAUGCCGUAUGCAGGAUAACCUGGAAUUCCUCCAGUGGACCAAGAGAUACUGGGACCAACACUAUCCUGGCGGUGACUACGAUGCGGUCGGUCGCCGCAAGGGCUCCGGUGCUCCUCCGUCCGGACCGGCUUCUCGCACUAGCUCCAGCGCUGCUGGCAGCGCCGCUCGCCGUGGCACCACCCCGACCGUGGGUGCUGCUCGCCCCCGCGCUGCCGUCGCGGCCGUCUCAGCCAACACCGCUGCCCUGCAGCAGGAGAUCAACACCCAGAAGGAGGCCAUCGCUGGGCUAGAGAAGGAGCGGGAUUUCUACUUUGCUAAGCUCCGGGACAUCGAGUUGCUGCUGCAGAGCGCGAUCGAGCAAGACCCCGAGUUGGAGAAGGACGAGGACUCGUUGGUGAAACACAUCCAGGGUAUCUUAUACUCGACGGAGGAGGGAUUCGAGAUCCCUGAGGCGGAGGCCGGCGCGGACGAGCUGGAGACAUUCUGAGUCCGUCAUAACCUUGGUCCUCAAUAUUAAUACCCCCUUCAUAGCACACUGCGCAAGCGUUUAGUCGUCGCUUGACGACGUUUGUUUUGUUCUAAUUCUCAUUUUCUUUCAAUGUUCAUUUUGCCACAAUUUCUGCCUAGACCAUUGGUCGAGAUGAUGCCUGAUUUGGGGAGGGGUUGAGAUGAGACGAUACGUAAGAGGAGAAAAGGGGGUGAAACCGGCACAACGUGUGUUUUGCAUUCCAAUUCGAGAUGGACAGGGAGGUGGGGGGAGGUUUCUAAAGAAAGCUUUGUAUAGUCGAGUCGGGAUGAGAAAAGGCCAGGCAGCCAGCCAACCCUUCGGAAAUUCUUCAAUUCUCAUGCAUGUCUUGCUACUUGUUGUAUCUGGUAAAGAAAUGGAUCUCGACGGCAGUUGUUUC